AUGGGUUGCCUUCGUCACCGAAAGAAGGAGGCCGACGGCUUCACCGACCACAAAUGGGACUACAUCAGCCUCACCGACUUCAAGGCGAAAGGUUGCGGCCCGGGCUUCUUCUACGGCUACCUCUGGCUCAAUUUGUUCUUGUCCGUUGCCGUCUACGCCGUCGACAUCUUCAUCGCCGUCAACCUGCUCGCCUUCAGCCGAUGGUCGUCCAAGAUCAAACCGGCGAUCCCCAUCGACGUUUCCAAAUGGAUCUUCUCCGGCUGCAUCAUCGCCUCCUUCGUCAACCUCGCCUUCGAGGGCAUCCGCGCCGCCCGCGUCAUGAAGCGCCGCAACGUCGCCGAAUGCUACAUGGACAGCCUCGCAGCUCGCUGGGAAUCGAUCCGUCUCGGAUCCGGUCAAGGCUGGAAGCGGUUUCUGGUCUUCACCGAGUUGACCAAGAGUAACAAGGGUGCCGAGUACAUUGCCCUGUUUACCUACUUCAACUUCCAGUCCUGGAUUCGUGUCGUUCUAUGCUCUGGUCCUCGCCAGGUCGUCAAUGCAUUGACGCUCAGGUCCGUCUACGUGACCAAGCUUGAGCCCACCGCCACUAGCGUUGGAGGAUCCAUCCUCGGCUUCUUCGACAAGAUCAAGAUCCUCGCAUCCGAAGACUACCAGCAAGCCGUCAUUCUCUCCGGCAUGUGCUUCACCAUCGUCGUCUGGGUCUUCUCCGCCAUCUAUCUCCUGUCCGCCGUCCUGUUCUACCUUUUCUUCCUCAUCCACUGGAUCCCUCGUGCCGACGGCGGACUCACCGGAUACUGCGAGCGCAAGGUCAACAAGAGGCUCACCAAGAUUGUCACGACCAAGGUGAACAAGGCGCUUGCCAAAGGUCAGGCGAAGAGGGAGAAGGCGGACGCUCUAGCCAUGGGCAAUGGCGAAAAGCCCCCGCUGGAGCGUGCGGCCACGCUCCCCGUCAUCUCGGAUUUUGCCGACCCGUCCGACGAGGAUAGUCUGCCCUGCAUGCCCGUCUUGGGGCAUAACGGGACGUCCGUCACCCUGCCAGUGUAUUCGUCUCGCCCGGAAACACCCCUCGGGCUCGACCGCACGGCCGUUGGCCAAAAACGACCACUGCACCGCCAGACUGGUUCGUCUGCUUCCGCCGCCAGCUACUCUUCGAGAGCACCGCUGGUGGGAGCGGCGGCCGAUAUCGCACACGAUAGGGCACCGGUAGAAGCUGCCGGCGCACACUUCUUGGACUACAACUCCGCGACGGCUCCACGACCGGGUACGUCCGGAUCUCAAAGAAGUUUCGGACCUCGCCCAGGUUAUGGGUUCGCCAACGGUACCUUGGCCGGGUCCUCUCUGCGGCGCCACCUCACUGCCAGUCCCGAACCUAUGGAUACGGCGAUCACGAGGCGCCCAGUUGGCGGCCCGACGACGGCGCCCGCGAAUCCGUACGGUCGCCCGAACGAGCGUCCUCAGCAGCCACCGUAUAUGGGCACGUACGACGCUAACGCACCUGGCGGUCGCGCUCGCCCUACCCCAUCGGACGCCGCACACGAAAUGGCCACGCCCGUGUCCGGCUUCACAGCUCCAUCGGCAUAUCAAGGGUGGAGAAAUCUGACGGGGUCGGGUCCUGCAGGUGGGCCCCGACAACCACCACGGAGGAACUUCACGGCUCCGAUGCCGGCUGGCGGCCCCAUCGGUGCCUUGCAAGGCCGGCCUGGAACAGCGCAUAGCGUUCGUAGCGCAUCGAGCUAUCAGCCAUACAGAGCCGAACCGGGCAACGCGCAAGGUCGAUUGGAGGGCCCGUAUAGGCCCAUCGACGAGGGCGGGCGCAGGUACUAG